AUGGGGGAAGCCAAACAACCAAGUGGAAAGUGCCCAAAGCUUUCAGAUGGAGAGCAAAACAUGGGCUCGAUCGAUAGGCUGAGCAGCUUGCCGGACGAAGUCAUAUGCCAUAUUCUCUCUUUCCUCCCGACUAAGCGCUCAGUGGCGACAAGCAUUCUUGGAAAAAGAUGGAGAUUUCUAUGGGCCCAUGUACCCUGUUUGGACUUUAGUGGAGACGAUUUCAAAGAAGAAGGAACACAUGCCUCGAACAGUUUCUGGGAAGAAGAAACACAAGACUCGGAAGCCUCGGACAUCAUCCACAGGGUUAUAUUGCAGCACAAGGCAGAAAGAAUGGAUACUUUAACACUCUCUUACGUCAAAUUCAACGAAUAUCAACUGGAGGCAUGGAUUACAACCGCCAUCGACCGUAGUAUCCGGAAUCUUUAUCUUCAACUUAACUUAUAUACAUUCCCUCGAUCUCUCUUCAACUGCAAAACCAUUGUCGACUUGAAGCUUGAUAACUAUAGAGCGUCACUUUCUGCUGUGGACAAUGUGUCUCUGCCUAGCCUCAAGAAGUUACAUGUUAAUAAUGUAGUGUGUGAGAAUGAUGAUGCGCUUCCUCGCUUUCUUUCCGGCUGUCCAUUGCUCGAGGAGUUGAAUAUGGCAAUCUACUUUCAAUAUGAUUAUGCUGGCUGCAUAAAUAUAUCAUCACCCACAAUAAAGAAGCUUAAGCUCGAUAUUGACUAUUCGUUUCGUCCAUUUAACCUUGAAUAUAGGAUCAUAAUAAAUGCCCCGGCACUUAGGUAUCUCCAAGUGUAUGGCUAUGAUUUUGCUUUGGAGUGGAUAACAAUUCCUAUAACCAUGAACUCCUUAGUUGAGGCAGAUAUCCACUUCAAAAAUUAUUUCUAUCCUGUCAAAACGGAUUGUAAUUCCAUGGAGGUGAAGUUUCUUCAUUCUCUGUGUUAUGUGAAGUGCCUAAAGAUAUCAGGUUGGAGACUCGGGGAGGUCUCGUCGGAACCCAUGAAGGGAGGGAGCCUAACACUCUAUUUUCACUCCAUGUGGCGCAUCUGGCAACGGGAAUCGCAAGAGUCUCCUUGGUUUUGGAAGUUUCAGGUGCUCUUUGUCAGAAUUUGGGAUAGAGAGCAAAACAUGGCCUCAAUCGAUAAUCACAGCAGCUAUCCGGACGGCAUCAUAUGCCACAUUCUCUCUUUCCUCCCGACUAAGCGCUCAGUGGCGACCAGUGUUCUCGGAAAGAGAUGGAGGUUUUUAUGGGCCCAUGUACCCUGUUUGGAAUUCAGUGGAAACGAUUUCAGGAAAGAAGAUUUUGGGGAAGAAGAAACUCAAUCCUGGGACGAUUUCAUGAAAGAAGGAACACAAGCCUCGAACACCAUCCACGGGGUUAUAUUGCGGCACAAGGCAAAAAGAACUGAUUCUUUAACACUCUAUAACGUCUACUGCGACGAGUAUCAACUGGAGACAUGGAUUAAGAUCGCCAAAGACCGUAGUAUCCGGAAUCUUUAUCUUCAACUUGACCUUGAUACAAUCCCUCAAUCCCUCUUCAACUGCAAAACCAUUGUCGACUUGAAACUUGAUAACAAUAGAGCCCCACUCUCUGAUGUGGACAAUGUCUCUCUGCCUGGCCUCAAGAAGUUUUAUGUUUAUAAUGUUGUGUGUGAGAGUGAUGAUGCGCUUCCCUCGCUUUCUUUCCGGCUGUCCGUCACUCGAGGAGUUGAAUAUGGUAUUCAGGUGCCCUUUGUCAGAAUUUACAUGGAUAAAACCAAACAACCGAGUGGAAAGCGCCAAAAGCUUUCGAUUAGAGAGCAAAACAUGGGCUCGGCCGAUAGGCUGAGCAGCUUGCCGGACGAAGUCAUAUGCCAUAUUCUCUCUUUCCUCCCGACUAAGCGCUCAAUGGCGACCAGUGUUCUUGGAAAAAGAUGGAGAUUUCUAUGGGCCCACGUACCCUCUCUGCAUUUUGAUUUCAGGAAAAGAAGAACAAAAGCAUCGGACAUCAUCAACAGGGUUAUAUUUCGGCACAAGGCAAAAAGAAUGGAUACUUUAACACUCGAUUACGUCAACCGCAACGAGUAUCAACUGGAGAAGUUGAUUACAGCUGUCAUCGACCGUUGUCUCCGGAAUCUUUAUCUAUUUGACUUGUAUACAUUGCCUCCAUGCAUCUUCAACGGCAAAACCAUUGUCAACUUGAAGCUUGAUAUCUGUAGAGCGUCACUGCCUGCUGUGGAGAAUAAUGAUGAAGCCCUCCCUCACUUUCUUUCCGGCUGUCCGUCGCUUGAGGACUUGAAUAUGAAAUUCACAUCUGUGGAGAAGGGACCAUUUGAUUAUGAUUAUGAUUAUGAUUCUGUCAGCUGCAUAAAUAUAUCAUCACCCACAAUAAAGACGCUUAAGCUCCAUCUUGAGCAUUUGACCUGUCCAUCUAACCGUAAAUGUAAAUGUAGGAUGAUAUUAAAUGCCCCUGCCCUUAGGUAUCUCCAAGUGUAUGGCCAUGCUUUGGAGUGUAUAACAGUUCCUAUAACCAUGAUCUCCUUAUUUGAGGCGGAUAUCCGCUUACGAAGUUACAAUACCACGGUUGUGAAUUUUCUUCAGUGCUAUGUAACGUGCCUAGUGAUAUCAGGUUGGGAACUUAAGGAGUUUGUUCAAAGAGGAGUUGCUUGUUCAACCGUAAAGUUUGAUAACCUAACCAAACUUGAAAUCCGGUUUAACUUUGAAUGGAGUUUGCUUGUAAAGUUCCUUGAAAUUGCUGACAAUCUUGAAGUCCUUAUUGUGCCCUUUGUCAGAAUUUUCAUGGAGGAAACCAGACAAUCAAGUUUAAACUGCCAAAAGCUUUCGGAUAGAGAGCAAAACAUGGCCUCGAUCGAUAGGCUGAGCAGCUUGCCGGAGGACGUCAUAUGCCACAUUCUCUCUUUUCUCGAGACAAAGGACUCAGUAGCUGGAUGCGAUUUCAAGGAAGAAGGAACACAAGCCUCGGACAUCAUCCACACGGUUAUAUCACGGCACAAGGCAAAAAGAAUGGAUACUUUAGCACUCUAUCGCAUCAAAUGCAACGAGCAUCAACUGGAGACAUUGAUUACAACCGCCAUCGAGCGUAGUAUCCGAAAUCUCUAUCUUAAAGUUAAAUUCGUUACAGUCCCUCGAUCCCUCUUCAACUGCAAAACCAUUGUCGACUUGAUACUUUGUGUGAGUAGAGUGUCGAUUUCUGCUCUGGACAAUGUCUCUCUGCCUAGCCUCAAGAAGUUUUAUGUUUAUAAUGUUGUGUGCGAGAAUGAUGAAGCCCUCCCUCACUUUCUUUCCGGCUGUCCAUCGCUCGAGGAGUUGAAUAUGGCAGUCAUAUCUGAGGAAGAGGGACCAUUUGAUAAUGAUUUUGUCGGCUGCAUAAAUAUAUCAUCACCCACGAUAAAGAAGCUUAAGCUCGAUCUUUUCGAUUUGCCUUAUAGGAUGACAAUAAAUGCUCCGGCGCUUAGGUAUCUCGAACUGGAUGGCGAUGUCUUGGAGUGUAUAACAAUUCCUACAACCAUGAUCUCCUUAGUUGAAGCGGAUAUCGACUUACUAAAUUACAAUACCACUGUGAUGAAGUUUCUUCAUUCUCUGUGUUAUGUAAAGCAUCUAGUGCUAUCAGGUUGGGAACUUAAGGGGGUAUGUUUUUGA